AUGUCAGGUUAUGAGAAAGAUCUGGAGACGGUUGACCCGAUGAAUCUCAUGUACCAGAAUGCCGAGCAAGAUCCUCAAUCGUGGAGGGCUGCCGGACCAAGUCCUCAGCAGUGGACCGAUAUCAAAAAUGUCUUCACUGACUUGUACAUUGCUCAAAAUAGGAAGCUAAAAGACGUGAGGACCAUCUUGCGCAAGCAGUAUGGUUUCAAUGCUAGCGAGAAGAUGUUCAAGCGUCGCAUCACUGAAUGGAAAAUCCACAAGAACUACAAAGCAAAAGACAAGGAACUUUUGGCGAAACGAGUCAAAGAAUACGUGGACGCCGGACACGACAUUCAGUCGAUCUCGUUUCGCGGGAGACCGUUGAAGCUAGAUCGUGUCAGGCGCCAUUGUCGCAGCGACAAAAGGUUCACUCAGCUUUGGGAACAGUUAUCGCAGAGUCCAGAGUCGGCGUCCGCAGGAGAUAUUACAAUCAAGGACGAGUCGCCAACUAUGGGCCUACACAGGUCCAAUGCCUUCUCAAACUCUAGUACUCCGCCUGGAGACUUCGACUUCAAUGCGCAAAGCCGCGAUGGCACUGGCCUCGGUCUCAUGAUGAUCGAUGUCCGGCCGCCGACUGGUUUAUACAACAUGCAAUCCAGCCUUUUCCACACUCGCGAGGCCGUGCAGUGGCAGUUUACGGCAUUCAACCGGCUCAAAAUGAACGAAUUGCAAUAUCGAUUCCCGAAUUCCCUUCCAGAAGAGGUGAGAGCUGGACAGACAGAUCAAGUGUCAGCAUUUUGGCUGGGGCUCUAUCAUGGCUUCGAAUCCUUGCAAACGGGAAGAUCGAGCAAAGCGUGGGAGAAUUUCGACAUCUGCUGCAAUAUGGUCCAGCCGUUGCUAUAUUCCGCACCUCUUCAACUCCUAUCUUGCCUGCUGGUACACUUUGCAACGCCAUGGCUGGGUAUGGCGGCACUAGAGCAGCAUCUACUAAGCUUUGUCUCAUCCAUGGCAGCAAGUGCUUUUGGGAAAACUCAUCCUUAUGCCAAAGCUCUGAGCAUGACGAUUGCUUCUGAGAAUCGGGAUCAUAUCGUUGAGUCCAUGAUGCAACUGAUAGUUGAAGGGUACAGCGCCCGACGAAAGCCCAGCAAUUCUUCGCUCUUUGCCCUGCGAGUUGACCAGAUUGACAUGCUCCGAAAACGCAAGAAUUUCCAGAUGGCACAUGAUAUGUGUCAGAGAUUGAUCAAAGAUAGCCAGUCGAUGAAUCCGAGACGUUAUAGGACUGCGCUAGCGGCUCUGGGAAGGCUGUAUGCGGAUCAGAACGAGGAGUUUGCCAUCGAGGGGGUGGCACACCGCAUUCUCCAGCAUAAAACGGCAGAUCCGGAUUCGAAAAAUAGUGGAAGUGCAGCCUGGGCCUGUGAUCAGCUCGCCACUCUUUGUCUGGGUCGUGAAGACUAUACACUGGCUGAGAGAUACCUGCGCCGGGCGCUGGGUAUGUCCUACACCGGACUCCCACACCGCGGCCCUUCGAUGGAUUCUCUCGCGGACAAGCUGGACUCUUGUUUGCGGCUGCAGGGCAGGAAGACUCGUCUGAAUCAGAUCCCCGAAGAAUCAGGCGAGGAUUCGGAAAGGCUGUCAACUCGUCACAAGUAG